AUGACAGCAGUUACACCCUCCAGAUCUGGCGUGUCGCCGUCCAGCUCGCCUCGGCUACCAUCUCCCCCUCCCAUUCCAGAGGUGCAAUUCGGCCCUAAGAGCCCCGGGAUCGACCCGACGAAGGAACUCUCGCUCGAUGCGACCUCAAAGCCAGACGAAGGAGCCGCGAGAAGAAUAAGACCGGGGACAAAAGCUGCAGAUAUGGCUAUGGGGCCUCCACUUGUGCCGUUGAGUCAGCUGGACUCGCCAUUCCAGCUCCAAGAACACCUCAAAUCGCUCUACUCCCACCUUAGCCAUACGCCCGAUUCGACCCAUACCGUCCCCAUCACGAAAGAGACGGCCCUACAACUCGCGACGCCCCCACAGAUAAAUGACAACGAGUCCGUGGACAGAAAUCUCUGGCUCUACGAACUGUGUAGAUUUCUCACGCAGAAGGCGAACAUCGUCUCCAUCUUCCUCAUGAACGACAGCCCGCCGUGUUCGGCCACGACCUGCCCGGAGAUGAGAGCUAGUGAAUGGCAAUACCUCUGCGCCGUGCAUGAGCCGCCCAAAUCAUGCUGUGCCAUCGACUACUGCAACCAUACUCUGGAUUGGGCGGCGAACGUCCUCACGAGCCCGAAACACUUCCCGUCACGGCUGGCGUUGGGCGGAGAGGGAGGCAAUGUCAUUCAAAGCAUGCGACAGCUGACCAACAUAUUUCGGCGUGUCUAUCGAAUCUUUGCACAUGCUUGGUUUCAGCAUCGCGAUGUCUUCUGGUCCGUCGAAGCAACCUACGGUUUGUAUAUGUUGUUCAAGGUCGUCUGCGACCAGUACCAUCUUAUCCCGGAAGACAGCUACACUAUCCCACCCGAAGCUGAAGGUGUUCGCGAAGCCGUUGAUGAAAAGGACCCCGGAUUGCGACCUCUUAUACUCCGAAAAGAUGGCACGCCGAGUUCGUCGUCAGAGGAGCCAUCCAGCGGGCCCACGUCGUCAGGAGAACCUGCUGCGUCAGUAGCAUCGACGACGGUCAGUACCGGUGCAACGACACGUAGGCACAAGCAUACUCCCAGUACAGGAAGCCACGUGGCCACCAUCGCCGAAGGUGCAGAGGACGAAGAGGAGCAGCCGACGAGUACCAUCUCGACGAAGCCUAAUAAUGUGCCCGGUAUGCUAGGACUGAUUGACGGUCCCGAAUCGCUGAAGAUAUCAAUAGAGGAGAAGAGGGCAAUUUCACCGCAGCCGAGGAAAUCGGGAGAUGAUCCCUCGCCAGAUCGUCUAUUACCCAAGCUGGAUAUCGCCUCUACGGUGCCCAAAUACGAGCCUCGCGCGCCAGAAGAUCCUACACCCACUGGUAACACGGAAGACGUCGAUCCCCUUUCCACCCACCAAGGAGCACAACAACAGUCGUCCUCAUCCAUGGCCAAAGGGGACGACGAGAAAGCUGGCACAAUCCUAAAGGAUGAAGCAGCCAUGAAAACACAUCCCGAGACUCCCGUCGAACGAGUGACCAAACCUUUUGAUGAUGAGCAAGCAGGCCGCACAAUCACAUCUCCUUCUGGUGGCUCGAUAAGAACGGCCGGCAAUGAUGUCCUUGCGGCUAUAAUGGGGCACAUCGAUGACUCUGAUGAAGAAUAUUAUCCACCCAGAGUCGCGCAGGCUGAGAGAUUCAGGGAGCGGGAUGAUGAUGUGAAGACUGAAAUAAGGGGGGAGGGACGUGAGGAGGCCGACGAGACCGUGGAAGAGAACGAGAGUUUCAGCCCCGUUCAGACAAAAGCGCCUGAAUCUGUAGAUACCGUCGGGAAAGAAGAUGAGGCCCAGAAAGAGCCGGCUGAGGUGCAGGAGCAGGAGGAGAACACCCAUGCGAGCCGCGACGAACUGGAACGCGAUGAGAUUCGAGUCUCUGUCGAGGAGAGAACCGAGGAUGAGCAGCAGGAUGAGGAGCGCCCUGAGCAGCGCCCUGAGCAGCACCCCUCGAGCAAUCCUGGGGAUGAAGAGGUAGAGCUGAAGGGGACUCGGGCCGAGUAG